GCCAACCUGUUGAGUGUCACAGUGGUGGAGAAGAAGAAGGCAGGGUGUUGGCGCACAGUGUGGAGAAAAAGUCGCUUGUUGUGAGUCAGAUAUCCGCCCGCUUGUGAGAAAUUUCCUCGUUUUCUAUCGCUGCUAAAAACAACGUGUUAGAGGUAAACAGCCUCAAGCUUAAAGAUGUCUAAGAUCUUUGCUUUGGUGAUGAUGACACUUGUGUCACUGGUGUUUGCUGAAGAACAGAAAGCUGAAGAUGACCCAUUUACCUUUGACUACCACAGACUGCGUGUUGGAGGCUUGAUUCUAGCUGCUGUCCUCUGUCUCAUUGGCAUCACCAUCCUGUUCAGUGGCCACUGCAGGUGCAAGUUCAACCAGGACAAGAGAAGGAGGGCAGGAAGCAAUGCUCAGCAGAUGCUCUCCGACCAAGGUCGUUCCUGCGACUGCUAGAUACCAACCCGAACACACACCGACUUCCUGAACCUGCAUCCAACAGAUAAUACAGCAGAACGGCAGCAGGAUUUGACACAUCCAACCAUUUUGUUUUACUGUUAAGAGAAACAGAGGGCAGUCUGUGUGUAUCUGCCAUGAGGUGUGAUGCUUUAUGAAUGAUAACUGAGCUAUUGACCUGCAGCCUGCACCUUCACAUGUACACACACUCAGACCUACACACACUUUUACACACAUUUUUUUGUCACUUUCAUUUCAGUCACAUUAACUUUUUUUUAAAUUAAUUCUUUAGUCAGAAAAUGUUUUACCACAAAGAAACUGAUAUCGAACCUUUUAAAAAUGUCCUCUAUAGCUGAGCACGAAUACUUUGACAGUUUUGGAUGAUUGAGCUGAAAGUGACUUCAUACAACAGUAACACAAACCUAUUACCAAAAACUUCCUUACGAGUCGACA